AUGGCGUCAGAUCCGAAAAACCUAGGGGUAGAUCAGAGGACCGACACGCUUCUGAUUGACAACAGGCGUAAAGCUCAUCGAGUGUUCCGAACACUCGAUCGCAGGGACCUAUUCAACCCUUUCAGGCACAUUGCUUGGUACAAGCCGUCCAAGUUCUCCACCCCACAAGGUUUGUCCUAUCUUGCGAUACUCACUAAAGCUUUGGCAUUUGAACUAACAACAAAAGACAAAUCUCGCACAACCAUCAGCCUUUUUGGAUUCGAGUACAAGCGCUUGAAGAUCAGGGAGCCGCCGGAAGAACCAUUCACACUUGCGAAUCAGAUACAGAGAACAGUGCUCACAUCGUGGAUCAACGUCCUGCUUAUAUGCGUACCGGCUGGAAUCGUUCUCUCGCAAGUUAGGGGUGGCGCCCCCGAAACGUUCACACUGAACUACAUUGCUCAAAUUCCGCUCUGGUUCCUGUGCGACUACUCGUUGGAAGAGCUUGAGAAGUAUAUCGGUGUGACGGCCACGGAUUUCCUGGACAUCUUCACCACCAAUACCGUGCAAAUAAUCUCGAGUGUCCUCUUGCUCCUUGACGGGAAGGUCGACUUGCUGCAGACAUCGCUAAUCGGAGGAAUUCUAAGCAAUAUCUUGGUGCUCCUGGGCCUAAGCAUAUCGUUCGGGGGGGCAACAAACAUGGACCAGCGCCAGCAAGAAUUCAAUCGGACUGGCGCCCAGGGUUCCUCGAGUCUCCUAUCGAUCGCUGCGACGAGCCUUCUAAUACCAACAGCUGUGAAAUUGCUGGACCAAACAUCAAACGAAAAUCUGGUGCGGCAGUCUCGGGGGGUCUCCGUCGUCCUGCUGUUUGUCUAUUUUACAUAUUCGCUCUGUCAGAUGUGGACUCACAAAGCGGAGUACAGAGCAUCAGGCAAGUCAAAUGUCACUGCAUCUGCGAUACAGUCUGCUACCGCGAGCGGUGUAUCCAUUGGAAUUCAGCAAAUUGGUGACAUCGCAUCCCCAAAAGCCCUGGGCAUACCUUCGCCGACGAGGAGAGACGUUGCUUCACCCAGGACUGUCUCCUUCAUCCAGUCCCCUCGGCCUUUCUCAACCCAGAGUGCAGCCGUCGACGACGAACACGAGGAAAUCCAUGGGCCCCAGCUAGACCUUCCGGUGGCAGCAGUCCUCUUCACCGCCUCCAUCGUCCUGCUAUACUUCUGCAUCGACGCGACGGUCAACAGCAUCUCGGCACUCACGGAGCAGACCUCGCUGACCGAUACAUUCGUGGGGCUCAUCCUCCUGCCCAUUCCGAACUGUGACUUUGCGCCCAUCUCGCUCGCCGUCGACGACCAACUCGAGCAGACCAUGAAGUACACGGUAGGGCGGUCGAUCCAGACGGCGUUGCUGGUUGAGCCGGCUGUCGUGCUCCUGGCGUGGGGCCUGCGCAUUCCAGAUGUCACGCUAGCUUUCGAUGGAUUCGAGGUCGUGAGCUUGUUUACAACAAUCUUGCUUCUGAAUUUCCUCGUGGUGGAUGCGAAGGUGCACUGGGUUCAUGGCAUCCUGCUCCUUGCCGACUGGGUGUUGAUCGGGAUCGCGGCGUAUUUUGUACAUCCACAAAUUGAUUGA